UAAAAAUAUAAACACAAAAACAUAUGACUAUUGAAAACAAUGUGUUAUUUGAGACGUCUUUCGGCUCAUUGUUUGAAAUACAGACCACUAUUAUCGGCACCAACACUACGGUCCCGACAAGUGGCCAGUAUUCACAACUUGAGUACUGACGAAACACCAUCGCUGGUCACUAUUGAGAAACGAGAAGAAGUUACACUUAUUGGUAUCAAUCGGCCGACAAAAAGAAAUUGUGUCAACAGAGAGACCGCCGGACAACUGUUGCGGGCAUUCAAUGACUUUGAGACAGAUAAGACAUCACCGGUAGCCGUAUUGCAUGGCAAUGGCGGUACCUUUUGCGCCGGUUAUGACCUUAAAGAGCUGUCAGAGACCAACGCCAGUCUAUUGGAUCAGUUCUUAGUGCGCGGACCUAUGGGACCGACACAGAUGUUGACUACCAAACCAAUUAUUGGCGCUAUUGAUGGAUACGCUGUGGCCGGCGGUCUUGAAUUGGCGCUGUUGUGUGACCUCCGAGUGGUCGAAGAGAAUGCAAUAAUGGGUUUCUUUAAUCGACGCUUUGGUGUCCCACUCAUCGACGGCGCCACAGUUCGUCUCCAGAGACUCAUUGGUCUGUCCCGAGCCUUGGAUCUCAUAUUAACCGGUCGCGGACUGAGCGCUAAAGAAGCGCUUGAGUUUGGAUUAGCCAACAGAGUGGUAGCCGUCGGCACUGCAUUAGGUCAGGCCUACAAUUUGGCAAAAUCUUUGGUUAAGUUUCCUCAAGAGUGUCUCAAAGCCGACAGACAUUCGACAUAUUUUUCAGCAUUUGAUGGCAAGUCUAUGGAAGAGUCGCUGAAAUACGAGUUUGAAAACGGAAAGCCUAUCAUCAGUAAAGAGUCCAUCGAAGGUGCCAACAAGUUUGCCGAAAAAGGUAUCGGAAAACACGGAAAGUUUGUUUUGCAUAACUUUUCAUACGAUGUUAAAGUGACCGUAUAA